AUGACGUCGUCGGCGACGUUCGAGCGAGGACCGGGGACGCUGCGCGUGCACCGCGCGCUGCACGCGGAGAACCGCGCGCGGGCGGUGCGGGAGAUGCGGUCGCGGGGGUACGUCGAGGGCGCGCUCGCGCUCGCGGGGGGGAAACAACGGCGGAGAGACGCGACGGAUAACGAACCGCUGUUCCGGCAGGAGUCGUACUUUCACUGGGCGUUCGGCGUCGAGGAGGGUGACUGCGCGGGGGCGAUAGAUUUGGCCACGGGAGAGGCCACGCUGUUCAUUCCGAGACUUCCCGAGGAGUACGCGAUCUGGAUGGGGACGAUUGAGAGCGCGGAAUCGUUCGGCGAGCGGUACAUGUGCGAACGCGUCAUGUAUACGGAUGAGUUUGAAGAUUUUUUGAAGCGACAGAAGCGCGUGUACGCGCUGCACGGAACCAACACGGACAGCGGGGACGCGACGAGUGGGUUAGGUUCGAGCUUGAGCGCGGCCGUCGGGGAUAAGCUCGACACGAGCGACGCGCUGUUCAACGCGCUCACAGAGCUGCGCACGGUGAAGACGCCGCGCGAGCAAGAGGUUUUGAAGUACGCGAACAAGAUUGCCUCCAUGGCGCACGUCGAGGUGAUCAAGUCGAUCAAACCCGGGAUGAUGGAGUACCAGCUCGAGUCGUUGUUCAAGCACGUGUGCUAUAGUAAGGGAGGUAUGCGACUCGAGGCGUACACGCCCAUCUGCGCCGCAGGCGCCAACGGCGCGGUGCUUCACUACGGCCACGCCGGUGCACCGAAUGCGACGCAGAUCAAGGACAAGGAUCUAGUUUUGAUGGAUAUGGGUGCGGAAUACGCCUGCUACGCGAGCGACAUCACCACGACGGUGCCUGCGGGAGGCAAAUUUACAGAGGACGCAAGAAUCAUCUACGAAGGCGUUCUCGCCGCGCACAAAGCCGUUAUCUCGGCUCUCAAAGCCGGCGUUGCGUGGCUCGACAUGCAACGACUCGCCGAGAGACAUAUUCUCCGCGCUCUCGUCGACGGCGGAUUUCUCGUCGGAGACAUUGAGGAGAUGAUGACGAAGAGAGUCAGCGCCACGUUCAUGCCGCACGGUUUGGGUCACCAUCUCGGCAUCGACACGCACGACGUCGGUGGAUACGGACUCCCAGGAGCGCCCGAACGAAGCACAGAACCUGGUCUGAAGAAUUGUCGCACCGCCGCAACGUUGAAAGCGGGUAACGUGAUGACGGUGGAGCCCGGGUGCUACUUCAUCAACCUUCUACUCGACAGAGCCAUGGCGCCUGAAUCUGACAUCAAGCAGUAUUUCGUCCCCGAGCGUGUCAACGCGUGCAGAUCCAUGGGCGGCGUUCGUCUCGAGGACAAUAUUCUCAUAACCGAGACCGGGUGCGAGUCGUGGACGAACGUCCCUCGCGAUGUCCGCGACGUCGAGGCCGUAAUGGCGGGCGCCUCGUGGCCGUGA